UGUGCAGCCGGCUUCGUGAGCUUCAUAUAGCUAACUCGUGUUUUGUAAGACGCGGCGGCAUGAAUUGAGCAGUAGCGUAUGUAGUCGCGGUUUUUAUCUCGAUAUACUCGCUGAAAUUACACGAUAUAAAAACUCGUUUUGUGCUGUGUUGUGCUGUCUUUAACUCUAACAAGGUUUUUUAUCUUCCUUGAUAGACGUAUAUAGACGUAACAGGCGGCGUAAUUAAAAGAAAAGGAUAACAUCCGCAUUUCGAGAUAUACACUGCAUCAAACCGACCUACCUCCAGUAAAUAAUGUGAAUAAAAAAAAUCGUCUUCCACCAACUACCUCAGAAAUUUAGAUAAUGAAGGGCUCUUUGAAGAAGGCGGUUGGAAUUUAGUUGAAGUGUCAUUUUGAGACGCGAAGUUUUGCUGCAAUGAAGUGAGAAGCUGGAAAUGUCUGCUCGGGAAGUAGAAUUGACUGGCGGCGCGCCGUGGGGCUUCCGAAUGCACGGCGGCGCUGAUCAAAAUCAACCACUACGAAUAUCGAGAUGCUUCAGCGAUACGCUCGAACGAACAUUGGAUGUGAACCCCGGUCGGAAAGCUUCAUUGAGUGGGAUUCGCGAGGGUAAUGUCAUCACCUCGAUCAACGGCAAGCAGACUAAAGACAUGAGUAACGCUGAUGCUCAUGCAAUGCUGCGCUCCGCUGGACCCGUACUAAAACUCGGCUUGAACGAAGACAGAGAGUUGUCACCGCGAAGAAGAUCUAUUGGAAAAGCUACCGAGUUAAAAAGACCUUCACAACUAAUUUCGGAGAUAAACAGCGGAAGAGCGACGCCACAAGCGCCUGUCUACGCUACAAUCCGGCCGCCACAGUCCCCGCACAAUAAACUUUCGUCUCCGAUACGAUCGCUUAACUCGCCAUUGUCAACUCUAAACUCAACACCGCUUGUAAAGUCCAUCGUUCCUCCGGAGGAACCUAUCAAGUUUCAUCCGACUAAUCCUUUCUACUCCACGUUACCAAAUUACACAAGUACUUCUAAACUUCCAAUCCCGAACGGAAAAACCACAAACGCUCAAUCUUCAUUACACAAUAGACCAAUAAAUAGAUCGUCUGAUUCCUAUACUAAAAACAACGAUCAUGACUUAAAGUUAUCCUCAUUUUUUUCUAAGAAAUUUGACUCUGGACCAAGUAGUAUACCCAAUAUGACUAUACAUGACAUACAAGUUGAUAAUUGUUUUGAACAAACUUCACCAAAAGGAUUUACAAACGAAAAACAUAAUUCACUCUCCGAUCAGAUGAAGUCAAAAGAGUUUAGGAAAAACAGUGAUUUAGAUAAGGACAAUAUGAAAAAUCCUUUCGAAUCACUCAAAAAUAAUUUCAGCGACAAAUACAAAUCCAGUGAUAAAAUUAAUGGGACUUCUAGUAUCGGAUCAAAACAACUUUAUUAUUCAAAAAGUGAUGGUGAUUUUCGAGUAAAUGAAGAAGUAAUAAAACAGUCAUCGAUUACCGAGCAAAAAAUUAAUGAAAUUGAAGAAAUAAAAACGAUAAAGAAAAUAACGCUUAAUGGCUCAGUUGGCAGCGAACAUAAUCAAAUAAAUGGUGUGUCAAAAGAGAGAUCAUCGCUGCAUAAUAGCACGAAUGAAAGGAUAAUUCCUACGACAAUUCAAAACGAAGAUUCAUAUAGAAGUAAAGUCGAACAAGACGAUAACAGUCAUGGAUGUAUUCGUACGCCGACUUUUCAAUCGGCUUGUGAGGAAUAUAAUAUAACCUAUCAGACGAUGUGUUGCUGUCAAGACCGCCCGUGAAGUCUCCGAGCACACCUUCCCAAGCCACAACACCAACAAAUAAAC